CCGCCGGCCCGGAGUCCUCCAAGGCGGCCGCGCCCCGAGCCCCGCUCCCGGACAAAGCCGCCGCUGCCCCGCCCCGCCCCGCCCGCAGCCCCGCCGCGGAGCCGCCAUGUCGGCCAGCAGCCUCCUGGAGCAGAGACCCAAGGGCCAGGGGAAUAAAGUGCAAAACGGCUCCGUGCACCAGAAGGAUGGCUUAAACGAUGAUGACUUUGAGCCCUACUUGAGCCCCCAGGCCAGGCCGAACAAUGCGUACACUGCAAUGUCCGAUUCCUACCUACCCAACUACUACAGCCCCUCCAUCGGGUUCUCCUACUCCCUGGGCGAGGCUGCCUGGUCCACGGGGGGCGACCCCCCCAUGCCCUACCUGACCUCGUACGGACAGCUGAGCAACGGGGAGCCCCACUUCCUCCCCGACGCCAUGUUCGGGCAGCCGGGGGCCCUCGGCAGCACCCCGUUCCUCGGGCAGCACGGCUUUAACUUCUUCCCGAGCGGGAUCGACUUCUCGGCUUGGGGGAAUAACAGUUCUCAGGGACAAUCCACUCAGAGCUCCGGCUACAGCAGCAAUUACGCCUACGCCCCGAGCUCGCUGGGUGGAGCCAUGAUCGACGGCCAGUCCGCCUUCGCCAGCGAGACCCUGAACAAGGCUCCGGGCAUGAACACCAUCGACCAGGGGAUGGCGGCCCUCAAGCUGGGCAGCACGGACGUGGCGAGCACCGUCCCCAAGGUCGUCGGUUCGGCCGUCGGCAGCGGCUCCAUCAGCAGUAACAUCGUGGCGUCCAGCAGCUUGCCCCCGGCUACCAUCGCUCCUCCGAAGCCCGCCUCCUGGGCCGACAUCGCCAGCAAGCCGGCCAAGCAGCAGCCCAAGCUGAAGACCAAGAACGGCAUCGCGGGCUCCAGCCUCCCGCCGCCCCCCAUCAAACACAACAUGGAUAUCGGGACUUGGGACAACAAAGGGCCCGUGGCGAAAGCCCCCUCGCAGGCUUUGGUCCCCGCCAUGGCUCAGCAGCCCCCCCAGGCGUCCCCCCAGCCCGUGGGUCAGCAGAUGAGCGGCAGCCCGCCGGUGGCGCAGGCUUCGGCCGGGCAGCAGCAGCAGCAGCCCCAGCCGCUGCCCCCGCCGCAGCCCGCCCCGCUGCCCGUGCCGCAGCAGGCGGCGCAGCCCGCCCGCUGGGUCGCCCCCCGGAACCGCGGCAACGGCUUCGGCCAAAACGGCGCGGACGGCGGCGGCGGCGGCGGAGCGGGGCAGGCUCAGGCCGGCUCCGGUUCCGCUCCGUCGGAGCCUCACCCGGUCCUGGAGAAGUUGAGGUCCAUCAACAACUACAACCCCAAGGAUUUCGACUGGAACCCCAAGCACGGGCGGGUGUUCAUCAUUAAGAGUUACUCCGAGGACGAUAUCCACCGGUCCAUCAAGUACAACAUCUGGUGCAGCACAGAGCACGGCAACAAGAGACUGGAUGCCGCCUACCGCUCCAUGAACGGGAAGGGCCCCGUUUACUUACUGUUCAGCGUCAACGGGAGCGGUCACUUCUGCGGAGUAGCAGAGAUGAAAUCUGCUGUGGACUACAACACGUGUGCGGGUGUGUGGUCCCAGGACAAGUGGAAGGGACGUUUUGAUGUCAGGUGGAUUUUUGUGAAGGACGUUCCCAACAGCCAGCUGCGGCACAUCCGCCUAGAGAACAACGAGAAUAAACCAGUGACCAACUCCAGGGACACUCAGGAGGUGCCUCUGGAAAAGGCUAAGCAGGUGUUGAAAAUCAUUGCCACCUACAAGCACACCACCUCCAUCUUCGAUGACUUCUCACACUAUGAGAAACGCCAGGAGGAGGAGGAAAAUGUCAAAAAGGAACGCCAAGGCCGUGUCAAGUAAAAGACCGUUCCUCCCCCAGAGACUGCAGCAGAGGUUGCGUCCCGGCUAUCUCUCGGAGAGAGAAGGAAAGAGCAAAAACAUCCCAGAGAGAAUUAGGACUUUUUUUUUUUCUUAAUUUCAUUGACUUCAAAGUGACUCUUACAAACUUGCAGUUUAAAAAAAAAAAAAAAAGUAUUGGAAUUUCACAAGACAUAGGACUUAAAAAAAUAAUAAUAAAAAAAAAACAACAAAAAAAAUCCCUUCUAGGUAGAGCAUAGGUAAAAAAAACUGUUCCCUUUCUUUUGGCUUUGGUUGUGAUUUUGGAGCAUACGCUUUGUUUUUUGUCUUUUUACUAUGUUUUUUGGAUUUUUCAAGUCCGUAAGUGGCAUAUGCCUUUUUUCUCUAAUUUUUAAACCCCGCGGCUUCCCUUCCUUCCACCCCCUCGCGCCUCCUUCCCCUGGUUUUGACAUUUGCACUUGGAACACCGAGUUGUAACACCCACCGCAGAAAGUGGAGUAACUUUUUUCUUUUCUCCGCCCCCCCCCGGCCUGGAAGAGGAGGGAUCCGACGAGGAAGUUGGGGUUUUGGCCUAAGAAGAAUUGAGCAGAAAUUGUCCACGAGGUUGUGUCUUAAAGGUGGUUCAUUUUUCGCUGACCCUUUGUUACUCGAAAGUCAAGUACUAGGAGUCCUAAGAGAUGUUCUGUUCUUGUGCGUUACACGGAUUACAGAUUAAGUCUGGGUUAAUUUGAUUUGAAAGCUGAGAACAGCGGCAAAAAACUUUGUUUUAUUUACAGGAAAAUGAAUUUUGGACAAAAAAAAAAAAGAAAUAUUGUAAAAUGUGUAGUGAAUAUGUUUCUUCAGUUUCUUGUUAAGCCAAUGAGGAAUGGGCGUUGCCUUUCUUUUCACCAUUAAUCACUUCUCAAUAAUAAACGUGAGAUCCUGUUGAGCA